AUGACCGUCAACGGCGUGAAUAAACUUACCAACUACGUGGCAUACUCAGAGCCCAACAGCGGCCCGAGAAUUGGCCAUCUUGACUUCGAGACCUCGACUGUCACCCCUCUAUCCUUCAAGUCUGGCACCCCCUUGACAGAUCUUUAUCAAGUAAUCGCGGCCGGCGAACAAGGAAUUACGGCAUCCGGCGCGCAACCAUUCCCUCUUUCAAGCGUCAAGCACCUUCCCCCAAUUUCAGGCCGAGAUAUACUUGCUGUUGGUAAGAACUACGUCGAACAUGCUCGUGAAUUCAACUCCUCUGGCUACGAUGCCAGUGACAAGACCGACCAGCCGACUCACCCGGUAAUCUUCACUAAGCGUGCAACUUCCAUCAUUGGCCCUGAAGACCCUAUUUUGCUGCAUCCAAACUUUACCAGCACGCCCGACUACGAAGGAGAGAUUGGCGUGAUCAUUGGCAAGCCUGGUUUCCAAAUUUCGGAGCAGAACGCCCUGGACCAUGUAUGGGGUUAUACCAUCGUGAACGAUAUGACUGCACGCGAGCGCCAACGCGACCACAAGCAGUUCUUCCUUGGCAAAUCCCCCGAUACUUUCUGCCCAAUUGGACCCGUGGCUGUCCCCAAGGAGUGUCUUCCAGAAAAUCUGAAGAUCCAGACCUGCGUCAACAAGGAGAAGCGCCAGGAGGCCACUCUUAACGAUCUGAUCUUCAGCGUUCCUCACCUUAUCAAGACAAUCAGCGCUGGCCAAACACUUCAAGCUGGCGACGUUAUCGCCACCGGUACCCCUGCUGGCGUUGGAUUCGGGUUCAGACCCAUGAAGUUCUUGCAGACCGGAGAUGAAAUCAGUGUCUCCGUGACAGGACUAGGAACCUUGACAAAUCGGAUUGCUGCUCCUGACGCAGUCAACACCACUUCCGAGCGUGCGCAGUCUCAUAUUCCCAUCGCCAACCAAAAGGCGCCCUCCGGUGCGGGAUUAACAACUGUUAAUGGCAAGAAGCUGUUUUACCAACGACUGGGUGUUGAGACAGGUCCUUCGAUUUUCUUCAUUCAUGGACUUGGCGGAUCGACAAGUUACUUCUACCCUCUUGUUGCGAAGCUUCAGUCCACUCAUUCCUUGCAUCUUCUCGAUCUAGAAGGACAUGGCCUUUCGCCAACAUCAGCACUCAGCAGCGUCUCUAUCGCCUCUUUUGCGGAUGAUUUUUAUCAGUUGUCUAAAGUCGCUGCGCUUGCCCUCGAACAUCCCGAGCUUGUGUCCAAACUAAUCUUGAUGGGUCCUCCCCCGAGCCCAUUGCCGGAAGCAGGUAGCCAAGGUUCCUAUGCCCGGGCUGCCCUUGUUCGAAAGCAGGGGAUGUUAGCCGUUGUUGAUGCAAUCAUACAAGCCGGAACUUCGGCGUUCGUUCAACAAAAUAAUCCGCUAGCUAUUGCUGCAGUGCGCACUUCUCUUCUCAGUCAAGAUGCCGAAGGAUAUGCCAAAGCAUGUGCGGCACUUGCUAGAUCAGCUACCGAAACAUUGGAUGUUAAGAGUCUGCGUAUUCCAGUCUCUUUCAUCACGGGAGAAGAGGACAAAGUCAGUCCUCCAGCACUCUGUCAGAAGUACUCCGAGGCAACAGGCGGUGGAAAUGUCCAGGUACUCAAGGAUGUGGGGCAUUGGCAUCUAUUUGAAGAUGUUGGUCGAACCGUGCAGGCUGUUUUGGCGCAGAUUUAA